AUGAGUAAACGUAUGCUUGCGAUAACUGAUGGGUCGAGUUCGCGGUCACGUAGACGCAGUAGAUCGCCAGAAAAGUCUCCAGAUUCAGCUCCUCGAAAACGUAAGAGCAGAUGGUCUGCAGUUGAAACAGAUCGGAUUUUUAUACCUGGUAUGCCUACUCAGCUGCCCCCAAAUCUUACACCGCAACAGGAAAGAGUGUACAUCAUUCAGCUUCAAAUCGAAGAUAUGUCUAGACGCUUGAAAAGUGGAGAUUUGGGUAUCCCUAAAAAUCCGGAAGACAGAUCUCACUUAUUUGUUGAACUGGUUAUUGUGCUGUAAAGUUGUUUGAAAGUUUUCUGUGUAGAAUAGUCUGGACUAGUUGAAUUAAUGUAUUAUGUAGCUGGUCUUAUUUACUGUGGAUCAGAAAGUAGCUAAUGGGAUUCCGUAUGCUAACAAAUAUUUUCUAUUUCAGAUCCCCUUCACCGGAACCUAUAUAUAGCAGCGACGGUAAGCGCUUGAACACAAGGGAAUAUAGGACCCGCAAAAAGCUGGAAGAUGAUCGUCACGCACUUGUACAACAACUUAUGGAAAUUAAUCCUGAAUAUAAACCACCCUCUGACUACAAAGCUCCACAGAAUAGAAUAACGGACAAAGUAUUUAUCCCCCAAGAUAACCACCCGGAUAUCAACUUCGUUGGGCUCUUGAUUGGACCGCGUGGGAAUACGCUUAAGGCACUGGAAAAAGAUACGGGCGCAAAAGUAAUAAUUCGCGGAAAGGGCUCUGUUAAAGAAGGCAAGGUUGGAAGGAGAGACGGACUUCCUUUACCUGGUGAAGACGAGCCUCUACACGCUUUCAUCUCAGCACCUUCAGCCGAAUGUGUAGACAAAGCAGUUAAAAAAAUUAAUGAGAUAAUAAGACAAGGAAUUGAGAUACCAGAGAGCCAAAACGAUCUUCGAAGAGCCCAGUUGCGCGAGCUUGCUUUACUUAAUGGGACAUUGCGUGAGCACGAAGGUUUGAUGAAACUACGUGCAAUGGCCGAAGCCCAGUCAAUUGCUACCAACAAAAUCCAAUGUGGUAUAUGUGGAGGUGCUGGACAUCUGUCAACCGACUGCAAAGCACUGUUGGGUGGUCAGGCAUAUCUUGAUCAGCUUAAUGCCAACCCCGGUGAAAGAGCCAAAAUGGAUAGCGAAUACACUGCAUUAAUGGCGGAGCUCGGUGUAGGUGGUUCACAAGGUUUGCCUCCCGGUAUGGUUUUAGUUCUAAAUGGUAUAUAAAAAUAGUUGUUUAUGGGUUUGUAGAGCCAGGCGAGUACGGGUUCGACCUAAUGUUUUGAUAUGAAAUGCAAUUAAUUAAAUUGGGAAAAGAUCUGAAUAGAAAUCGAAGUUCGAAAUUAAUUCACGAGUUCAAGAUAUAAGUGAUUAUAUCCAAAAGUAGAGAUCGAUUAAAAUAGGAAGCUGAAUAUUCCCAACUGUCAGCUUUAAUACAACAUUAAAGUCCUAGUUAGCAAAAAGUCUUUAACCAAGGAGCAUAUUUGAUUGGGAUUCACUUCAUUCCUAAAUGCUGUUAUAAGGCAUCUUAACAACCUGAACCAUAAUCUUUUGGGGUAAACAAAUGUUAGUAUUAGUCACUAGUAACUACGAUAAUUAAAAACUUCAUUCUAAUGGCUUUUUUUCAAUAAUAGUCAGGCGAGUAACUCCGAAAAAUUGUGUUGGAUUUAUACAUUUAUAUAAACACUUAAGGUUUUGCUAUUCCCUGUGGUCCGGCAACUGUCACGUGACAAAAUCACCAAUCAGAAGCUCGACUUCUCUGACCCCGCCUCUGCUAAACUAGUGAUAUGUCAAAACAGCACAAACAGCCUUGAGUCAACCUUGAGCCUUAUUGGUUCUCUGUGUAGUAGCUCAUCGCCUAACCUAACCCGUUCAGUUCAGCAUAUGAACAUUAGCCUCCGCUGUGUGAAUCGUUUAUUCCAGACAUACGUGGUUUAUAUACAAGCAGAUGGAACCACAUCACUAUAAAAUUAAAAAUAACAGUUAUACAAGACCGAGCCCAAAAUGGAUGUAUGGGAUACUGUAAUUAAUAAAUUGGGAAUAAUUUAAAAAUGGUAAGUCAUAUAACAGUAACCAAUAGGUCAAAUGAAAGCUAGUGACAAAAGGAAUAUAUAUAUAUCUAAUUACUUAAUAAUUAUCCAACGAGAAUAUAUGUAAUGAUGGUCCAUCAAUAAUUCCUAGCAGUUACCAUUCAUUUAUUCUUCGUUGACAGGUUUCAGAAAAUUUGGUGAUUUAUUAUGCUGAGACUGACAUUGGAUAAAUAGUAAAUGUAACUCUAAAUAUAGAAUCUAAGUGGAUAGUUGUCGAAGUAUUUUGGGCGAAUAAGCACAUCGUUCUAUCAAAGUUAGUUUUUAGAAAUAACGUCCCAUUGUCCUAUUUAGUUAAUUUGUUCUCAUUUCUAAAUCUUAGUUUAUUUAUCCAUCUGUUCGUCAGAUUUUGUAUCGAAAUCUUAUCUGCGCUUAGAUCACACCCAGGAUGUAACUAAAGACCAUCAAGAAAUAACACUUAUCCUCUCCUAUAUACCAUUUCUUAACAGCUCAAGUGAAAAGUCUGCCAGCAAAGUAAAUAAAGUCCAACAUCUAUAUGCUGGAAUUGUUUAUCAGAAUUGUAGAUGCUUCAACGGUACAUCAUAACAUUACUGACUUUUAACUGGAGUAAUAAAGAAUUGUAGAAAUAACGUGCGUUCAUGUCAAGCAUUAUUUAGCUUCUAUCCUGUGAAUUUCGGUACCCUGAUCAGAAUAUAUUAACAGUUAACGAUUCACAACAGGUAAAGGAUGAAUGUUAUUAUUUUUUUAGACCAUUGCAGUUCAACUACUAAAAAGAAAGAGGUUGGACAGAUUGUUGGAGACUUAAUGCUAUUGAAAGUCAGGCUAACAGACCGACUGAACAAUUUUUGUCCAUAAAAGAUGGUUUUUAGAGCGAUCACAUUCAUUUGACUGAUAGCUAUUUUUAUUCUUUAGCACUAGCUUUUAUCACUAGAUGAAGUAUUAAGAAAUAUGCCACUCUUCCAGUUAUUUCCUAUAGAAAAUCUCACUCGGAAUUUAAAAUAUAGUGCGACUUCUAGUACUUUUUCUUCAGUUCUUGGAUGUGUACCUAUAUUACCUAAAAAUUCACUGAGGAACUAUUUGACUACUGUUAUUUAAUUUUCGUGAUUUACCAAUAUAUCACAGUGCUCCUAUUGCAUCCGUUUUAUUAUCAGGUCUUAGAGGCUUUAAUGCUUUACAACCACAACCUACCCGCCCGACUCGUCAGCCCCCGCCUCCUGGUGUUGCAGCUUUUGAUGACGACGACGAUGGAGACGCUGGAACAAAUUGUACUACUGCUACAACAACUUCAACGGUUUCAACCACGGUUUCUUCUCCCAACCAGUAUGCAUUUGCUUUGCCACCACCACCCCCUCCUCCCUCUCAGUAUGCACCUAUGGUGACACCUGUUACUCCAUGGGCGACUCCUGUAGUCGUACCACCUAUGCCUGGAUAUCCGUCAACUGCCGCCUAUCCUACUUCCGGAGUCCCCGCAGUUGCAGGAGCCUAUUCCGAAGUGCCAGUUGCAACAAAUGGUGGUUCCUCAUUAAACCAUUGGCAUCCCUCCAUCCCUGGAUCAGCUUCUUGGGGUGAUAGCUCAUCACAAGUACCAGGUGGUGUACCUGUUCCCGGUACAGCAAUGGUUCCUCCCUACUACCUGCCCACACCUACGGAUUACUGGGCAGGUUAUGCGGGAGGUUACGCAGCUCAUGUACCUAACCCACCCCUCCUCCACCACCACCUGGAGUCUAGAUUCAUUAACCGUCACUAUUCACUUGCAGCCAUAAAACCGAAACAACUCCCUGUACAAAUUCAAGGCAUAAAUGGCUUUAUAGCAUCACUGAUUUAUGUUUAUAGAAAUCAAGCUUGUUUAUCAUUGUUCUAACAGUUUCUGUGCAAACAUAUUGAUUCUAUGAAAAUUGUUUAUUUUCUCAUUAUAUCUGUUUGAUAAGUUUUCCUGUUUCUGACUGGACAAUACAAUGAAAUAAUAGUGAAUGUUAGUUAGUGUGAUGAGUCAUUGUUGUUUCACGUUGUUCUCUUGGACAGACUGCAUUAAAUUGACACAUUUCAUUCUCUACAUUCGUUCAGGCACUUAAUUUAAGCUAACUAACUCGUUUUUAGCGGCAUUAUGUUGUGCUUAAAGACUGUUCUUAUAAAUCAUUUUAGUGAGUUAAUAUUGCAUCAGUUGUCUAGUGUAGUGCUUCGUUAUUGUAAGGAGAACUAUUUAGCUUAUUGUAUUGAGCUGUUGAACAUUAAACUUUUGUUUAAGUACCCGUAGGUUGAUUUCGUUCAUAAAUUUCUCCAAAAGGUGUCCACGUAGUUCACAUUGAUUCAUGGUAACUCACAUGCUAGGUUAUAAAAUUUACAAGAAAAUAACCACUUUUUCUAUUUUAAACUUCCUGCAUAUUUUAUUGCAUAUAUGUAUUCUCAUAACAUCAAAGAGACUAAAUAGAAAUAAUUGAAUAAAAGAAAUAU